UGUAUUUGGGGCAAAGGUAACGGGGACGAUUCACGAAUUCCGAUCUGGCGUUGAAUGUGCACACAGAGUUUGCAGGGUGUUCAAUAAAUUAUCAAAAAGUUGUGGAGUGCAAUUGCAUAACCGUUCCAGAUUUUGGAUUAUUAUACUGACCCGUCUCGUUGAGCUGAAAUAAUGGAUAGUCAGAUCUUCGAGUCCACUGCUGAGCGGACGUUCCAGAAUCAGAGCAGCCUUCCUCCUCUACCUGUGCCCUCUCUACAGCGCACACUAAGCAAAUACCUGGAUGCAGUUAGGCCUUUCGCAUCUGAGGAGGAGUUUCGAGCCACAGAGGCCAUCGUGAAGCGCUUUGAGAGGGGCACCGGGCAACUGCUCCACCAGAAGCUUCUGCAAAGAGCCAAAUCCAUGUGCAACUGGCUUGAGGAUUGGUGGCUAGAUUCGGCAUAUCUAGAGUUGCGCAUCCCCUCUCAGCUGAAUGUAAAUUUUGGGGGGCCUACAGCCUACCUGGAGCACUGCUGGCCUGCAUGCGAGGGUGCCCAGCUGGAGAGGGCCAGCAUGGUUUUGUGGAUCACCCUCCAGUACUGGGAGCUUAUCCGCAAGGAAAGGCUUGCCGUUCAUAAAGCAGGAAGUAUGCCCUUUGACAUGGAUCAGUUCCGCAUGCUCUUCUGCACCUGUAAAGUGCCUGGUGUUACGAAAGACACCAUCCUCAACUUCUUCAAAACAGAGAGUGAGGGACCCUGUCCUUCUCAUAUAGUGGUGAUGUGUCGGGGGAGGGUAUUUACAUUUGAUGGACUCUGUGAUGGCUGUAUCCUCACUCCUCCAGACCUGUUGAGGCAACUCAAAUACAUUAAAGAAUGCUGUGAUGGGGAGCCAGAGGGGGAUGGAGUGGGUGCUCUGACCACUGAGGAAAGGACCCGCUGGGCCAAGGCACGGGAGUAUUUGAUCUCCAUUGAUCCUGUAAAUAAGACCAUAUUGGAGACUAUUCAGAGUUCUCUAUUUGUACUCUCCCUGGACGAUGACAAAUCCUAUUCCACCCCUGAAAACUACUCAAAGUUAACCCAGCUGGCAUUGACUGGUAACCCCACCAUCCGCUGGGGUGAUAAAUCCUACAAUCUGCUCUCCUUCUCAGAUGGGACCUUUGGUUCAAAUUGUGAUCAUGCCCCAUUUGAUGCCAUGGUGUUGGUGUCUCAUGGCUACUACAUAGAUCAAAAGCUGGAGGCCUGUGGUGGGGUAUGGAAGGGUUCAGAGGUUGUGCAUGAUCUGCCUCUUCCAGAGGAAUUGAUUUUCACUGUGGACGAAAGGGUCAGGAGUGACAUCACCCAGGCUAAAGAACAAUACAGCAAAAGUUCUCAGGACCUGCAGGUUGUCUCCUAUGCCUUCACCUCUUUUGGAAAAGCAGCCAUUAAGAAAAGAAAGCUCCACCCAGAUACAUUUGUACAGCUUGCUUUGCAACUAGCCUACUACAGACUACAUGGAAAACCUGGUAGUUGCUACGAGACAGCCACCACGCGGCGAUUCUUCCAUGGACGCACAGAGACCAUGAGGCCUUGCACUGUGGAGGCCCAGCACUGGUGCAGAACGAUGCUCAACACAGCAGCCACUACAGAAGAGAAAAGACAAUCCCUAAUUGCAGCCUUCAACAAACAUAACAAAUUGAUGGGAGAGGCACAGAAUGGAAAAGGCAUUGACAGACACCUGCUGGGCAUGUACCUGAUUGCUAAGGAGGAGGGUCUUCCUGUGCCUGAACUGUACACAGAUACGCUCUAUGCUAGAAGUGGAGGAGGAGGGAAUUUUGUCCUUUCUACUAGUCUUGUGGGCUACACUACAGUGCUGGGAGCAGUUGCACCAAUGGUGCACCACGGAUAUGGAUUUUUCUACCGUAUCCGUGAUGACAGAAUUGUUGCAUCCUGUACCGCUUGGAAUUCCAGUCCAGAAACAAAUGCUGAAACCUUUUUCCAGAACCUUUGCACUUCUUUCCAUGACAUUAUGCAUGUCACCACCCUCUCCCAACUGUAAAGGAAAGCAUUCUUAGAAGUAUAU